GUUCAUGCUGGUGUUGGACGGUUUCCUGGAAGUUUGGGGAGAUGAGUAUGGACCUGACCUUCCUCGGGACGGGCUCGGCUUACCCGUCCCCGCACCGCGGGGCCUCGGCUCUGGUGCUGCGCACGGACGGGGAGUGUUGGCUGUUUGACUGCGGAGAGGGAACCCAGACCCAGCUGAUGAGGAGCCAGCUGAGAGCUGGUCGAAUCACCAAGAUUUUCAUCUCCCACUUGCACGGAGAUCACUUGUUUGGUUUACCUGGUCUCCUGUGCACCGUGAGCCUCAACACCAACCCCGAGCCUCAGCAGAGCGUGAGCUGUGUGGACAUCUACGGGCCCCGGGGCCUCCGGCAUUUCCUCAGGGUGACGCUCGGCCUCACAGGAUCUCAGCUGCUCUUCCCAUAUGCAGUUCAUGAGCUGGAGCCCACACCUGACCAGUGUCCAGAAGAGGGACAGCUCAGCCUGGAGAUGACGGCUGCAGGCGGCCCCCUCCACCCACAGGAGCAGCCAGGAAGAACCAUCUCCUUGGAUCCCUGCAAUGACUGUUACCUCCUCCUUGAAGACAACAAGUUUGUCGUCAAAGCAUUUAGGUUGUUUCACCGCAUCUCUUCCUUUGGUUUCUGCGUUCAGGAGCGUGAUCGACCUGGAAGACUUAAGACGGAAGUGCUGAAGGAACUAGGUCUGAAACCAGGACCUCAAUACGGCCGCCUCAAAGCCGGGGAGCAGGUAACGCUGGAGAGCGGGCGUGUGGUUCUGCCCAGCGAGGUGCUGGAAGAAGCUAUUCCGGGGAGGAAAGUCUGCAUUUUUGGGGACUGCAGCUCAGUGCUAGGGGCAGCACCGCUGCAGCUGUGCAACGGAGCGGACGUUCUGGUUCACGAGGCCACGCUCGGGAACGAGCACAGAGAGAAAGCAGUGGACCACGGACACAGCACACCCGAGAUGGCAGCAGAGGUGGCGCGGGCUUGCUGUGCGCGGAGGCUGGUGCUCUACCAUUUCAGUCAGCGGUACAAACCCAUCUCCCUGCAGAAGGAGGGAGACGAGGACAAUGUGUCGGAGCUCAAGAGACAGGCUGAAGAAGUACUGCAGGACGGAGGUGUGGAGGUGACUCUGGCUGAGGACUUUAUGACUCUGGCCGUCCCUCUCAGAAGAAAGAGGUAAUAAAUGAACAGCCAGUUUAGUUUCUGUACUGAUGUUGCUGGUCUGAUAAAGGAGAUCAUGUCUAACAUAUUUUAAAUACAUAGCUCUCACAUACAAUUGAUUAUUAAAAUGUCAGUGCCAUUUUUAUGAUUAAUGAUAAAUUAUACAUUUUUACUUAAAGGUCCAGUGAAUAAAAAACAUUUUGAAAAAAAAUUUGCUCCAAGUCCAGUUACUUGCUUGAUUUGGACAUUUUGUAGGUCAAAUGUUGAUCGGUCAUUUGUGACUCAUAUGUUUGAUUUCACUGUGAGCUUAACGGAGGAAAAGUUUACAAAAAAACUUGUUGAAUAAAGCAAAUGAAUUAAACUCUUAAUUGGUUGAAAGCCAAAGACUACUAGCUGAGAUCACUUCAUUAGUUUCUAUUUCCAAGGUAAGAAUGAUUGAAAGGUCCCCGCUGACAAAAAAUGUAAGUUAAAUUUAAGAUUAAUUGGAAAUUUCCCUCUGUGAAAGUCUCAAGUUAUUUUAAUACACAAACAUCAAACCAAGUCUUCUGUUGAAAUGUUUUUUUGCUUCAUCUCCCACGUAAUGAAGAUGCAGGUAUUUCUGAACCUUUUCCAGAGCUUUAUUUCUGGAUCUGUACACAAGGUAUUAAAGUACAACAGAAAAUACAAAAUAAUGUUUAACAAAAGAAAAACAAAAACAGCAAUGUUUAUGUACAAUUCUUAUAAAC